GGAGGGCUGCCUCUGGAGAGGGUUGCCGGGCGGACAGCGGGAACGCGCUCCGGGGGUGGGGACGCGAGAGCUCACGACUGCUCAAUGACAAAUCGACUGGGGACAGCUGGGGUCCGGCCCCAGGACGGGGCGGGGCGCCCGUGAGAGCGGCGAUUCUGGUUGUGCGCAUAACCAGUGCGGCGGUGGGACGGCUCCCCCAGCUCCUCAUCUGGGCCAUCUGUCCGUGUGUCAGCACCUCAGAUCAGCAGGAUGGCUGCCAACAAAGGCAAGAGCCAGGGUUCCCUGGUCCUUCACAAGGUCAUCAUGGUUGGCAGUGGAGGGGUCGGCAAGUCAGCCCUGACACUUCAGUUCAUGUAUGACGAGUUUGUAGAAGACUAUGAGCCCACCAAAGCUGACAGUUACAGAAAGAAGGUGGUUCUCGACGGAGAAGAAGUUCAGAUAGACAUCCUGGACACAGCAGGCCAGGAAGACUAUGCAGCCAUCCGUGACAACUACUUCCGAAGUGGAGAAGGCUUUCUGCUGGUGUUCUCCAUCACAGAGCACGAGUCUUUCACCGCCACAGCUGAGUUCAGGGAACAGAUCCUCCGAGUCAAGGCGGAGGAGGAUAAGAUCCCACUGCUGGUCGUGGGCAACAAGUCCGACCUGGAGGAGCGGAGGCAGGUGCCCGUGGAUGAGGCCCGAGGCAAAGCGGAAGAGUGGGGUGUGCAGUAUGUGGAGACAUCCGCGAAGACCCGCGCCAAUGUGGACAAGGUGUUCUUUGAUCUGAUGAGAGAAAUCCGGGCAAAAAAGAUGUCGGAAAACAAGGACAAGAAUGGCAGGAAAAGCAGCAAGAGCAAGAAGAGUUUCAAAGAGCGGUGCUGCUUGCUGUGAGCAGGCUGGGGACCCAGCAGCGAGGGCCACACUGCAGUGCAAUGAACCCGAGAUGGCCUCCCGCUGGCCCCCCGCUCUCCACAGCUGCAUUCACUAGCACUUCGUGAGUUGGGACAGAAACCCCCGCAUCAGUGGCUGGCAGAAGAGAGUCUGCAAUGCAUCUGUUAACUUCUCCAGGAGCUUUGCGAGUCUGCCCCUCCCACCCUUCCUGAACCGUGACCGCCACCAGCUCUAGGGUCUUAGUGCCGGGAGAUCAGGAGCCUGAGCUGUGAUGACAAGGAAGUAUUGCCAGCUUGUUCCCCUCGUUCUAGGACACGGUCAUCUUUGUUAGAAAAUUUAAAUGCUUCAUAUUAGCUGGGCAUGGUGGUGCACCUCUGUAGUCCCAGAACUCUAAAAGGUAAGGCAGGGAGAGUAACCUGAACCUAAGGCCAGCCUGGACUACCUAGCAAGACCCUGUCUCUAGAAGAAAAAAAUAAUUAACAUCUUAUUUUCUUAGAUUUUAAAAGAGGGUCUCCAGCAAGGCCCCUCGUCAGUUCUUACCAGUUUAGAAGUAGACAGGGAAAAAAAAAAUCAAAGCUCAGGUAAUACUGAAAAAAGCCAAAUCGAUUUGUUUCUUUUCUUUUUAUAAAACAUAAACUGUAGCUUGGAAGCAGGAUUAGAAAGAUGAACUUCACUUGGGCCAGAUAGGCUGCACCAAAUUUCCUGGCGUUUGUAGGGAAAGUGGGAUGCUGUUCUCUUCAUAUUUAAAUGCCAGCCAGGUGCUGGCUGUGGGCUUUCCCCCCUCAACACCCUAACUUAGUGAGGAAACUUUGUGUGGGGGAGAUGCAGGCCUGCACCCCACAGCGAGCUCGCCUUUUCUGACUGGGUCAUUUCACAUCUUCUGGUUCCCUCCCACACCAGCCAUAGACCUGUUCUUCCUUCUGAAAAAUGUGACCAGUUCACACUAUGUCCCAGAACAUGGGGCCAGCGCCAGCUACCUCUCUAGACAUCCAGCGACUCUCCAUUUACAAGCAGAAGAGGGGAAGGAAGGCUUAGAAGGGUCAUCUCCUGGCUCCGGGCAGCUGGUUCUGCUGACACUGAGAUGAGCCAGGUUCCAGAGGCUCACACCCUCUUUCUCUGUUAAGCUUCCUAACGGGAAAAGGGACUCUGGGACGGGGGCUGCCACUGAGCACACACACUCCUCCCAUUUUCCAGAAGUGAACAUUUCAUGUUUAGGUGCCGAAUGUGAGUCUGGGUGGGGAGAGCGGGAGCCCUUCCAAUGGAUGGGUUUUUUUUUACAGAGGUUAUGGGAACUGAUCCCUAGAAACUGGUCUGGUGUCACUUCCAAAGAAUCAUGGGCUUUUUCAAAUAAAAAAAUUUACACUUUUCAGGA